CCGGGCGCCCCGCAGCGCCCCGCCCGCCCGGCCGGGUCCCGCCGCUCCGCUCCCCAUGGCCGCCGCCGUGUGCAGCACCAAGGCCAUGGCCCUGCUGAAGCGCUCGUGGGCGCUGAGCCCCGGCGCCCCCCGGCGGGGCCGCGCCUGGCCCCCGAAGGACGCGCGGGGCCCGCGGAGCCCGGGCCGCCCCCGCCGCCCCCGCCGCGCGGCCUCGGCCCCCGCCGCCCCGGCCCCGGCCCCGGCCCCGACCGCGCCGCCUCCGCUCUGCCCGCAGGACUCGCUCAGCAGCGGCCUGAAGACCUGCUACAAGUACCUGAACCAGACCAGCCGCAGCUUCUCGGCCGUCAUCCAGGCGCUGGACGGCGAGCUGCGCCAUGCGGUGUGCAUCUUUUACCUGGUCCUCCGCUCUCUGGACACGCUGGAGGAUGACAUGAGCGUCAGUGUGGAGAAGAAGGUUCCUCUGCUGCAGAGCUUUCACACCUUCCUUUACCAACCAGACUGGCGCUUCAUGGAGAGCAAGGAGAAGGACCGGCAAGUGCUGGAGGACUUCCCCACGAUCUCCCUGGAAUUUAGAAAUCUGGCUGAGAAAUACCAAACAGUGAUUGCUGAAGCUUGCCGGAAAAUGGGAUUUGGCAUGGCAGAGUUUUUGACUAAGGAUGUGACCUCCAAACAGGAUUGGGAUAAGUACUGCCACUACGUCGCCGGGCUGGUGGGAAUUGGCCUUUCCAAGCUGUUUUCCGCCUCCCAGUUUGAAGACCCCUUAGUUGGUGAAGAUUGGGAGUGCGCGAACUCAAUGGGCCUCUUCCUGCAGAAGACAAACAUCAUCCGUGAUUACCUAGAAGACCAAAGGGAAGGGAGAGAGUUUUGGCCUCAAGAGGUCUGGGGCAGGUAUGUCAAGAAGCUGGGGGAUUUCGCCAAGCCCGAGAACAUCGACGUGGCCGUGCACUGCCUGAACGAGCUCAUCACCAACGCCCUGCAGCACAUCCCCGACGUCAUCACCUACCUGUCGCGGCUCCGGAACCAGAGCGUGUUCAACUUCUGUGCCAUCCCACAGGUCAUGGCCAUUGCCACGCUGGCUGCCUGUUACAAUAACCAGCAGGUGUUCAAAGGGGUCGUGAAGAUCCGGAAGGGGCAAGCCGUUACCCUAAUGAUGGAUGCCACCAACAUGCCGGCCGUCAAAGCUAUCAUAUACCAGUACAUAGAAGAGAUACAUCAAAGAAUCCCCACCUCGGACCCAAGUUCUAGUGAAACGAGACACAUCAUCUCCACAAUCAGGACCCAGAACCUCCCCAACUGCCAGCUGGUGUCGCGGAGCCACUACUCCCCCAUCUACCUGUCGUUCGUCAUGCUUCUGGCAGCCCUGAGCUGGCAGUACCUGAGCGCCCUGUCCCAGGUCGCGGAAGACUACGUGCCGACCGGCGAGCACUGACGCCCCGCCCCCGGCCCGCGGACUCCCCGGGCUCCCCUCUGGCCUUCUCCCUCCAACAAACUCCGCGUGCUUGGACCUUUAGAAACGGAGAUGCACCGGAGAUGACCGGAGGAGAAGGAAAGGGCGCCUCCCCUCCGCUGCACGCCCGGCGGCGGCCACCUGGGGGCGCCCUCGCGGCGGCUCCUGGUACCAUAAUUAAAGCUAUUUAAUUUGAAGCC